AUGACUAGUAUUCUCAAUGGUACACGUUUCAUGUAUAUUGAGCCUCUACCUGCUGGAGAAAGUCUUCCGAAAUUAAAUACAUGUGCAGGUCUUCGUUGUAAAAUAUUGCACUUUGGACAGCCAAAGAACAACCACAUACUUCAAUGCACAAACUGUUGGAAAACAGGUCAUACAAAAUCAAUAUGUAAGAACGAUUCUUGCUGCAAAGUAUGUCAAAAGCCUGGUCAUUUACCGGGACAGAAAGAAUGUCCACACUAUAAAGUCCAGAAGCAUAUCGUUCCAUUCAGCGGAUCACAAGACGUUCUGUCUAAUUUUUACCCGUGCGAAUUGGAUAUCUACGGCGUCAAACAUAAAUCCGCCGAACAUGCGUUUCAAUACACCAAAGCGAUUCGUUGUGGUGAUUUAGAUGCUGCGAGUAAAAUAACAGCUGCGGAAGACGCUCUCUCAGCUAUGCGACUCGGGAAAAAAAUUAAAACGAACGAACAAUGGAACGCCACUAAGGAGGCAGUGAUGGAAGAAAUUAUUGAAAAUAAGAGCGUGCAAGUGAAACUGUUUCAAGAAAAAAUACGAUCAACUAAACAAUCUACCACGUUCGUGGAAACUACCUACAACGACGAAUGGGGCUCCGGUCUGGAUAGGACAGGGACCAUCAACACAAAACAAGAUAAAUGGCCUGGUAAGAACACCUUGGGAACGAUCAUUAAAAAAGUGGCGAAAAAAGUUCGCAAGAGAAAAUUAAGUGAUAACGCACCGAAAGCACAAAAACAAAACCGCGAACAAGCAAAGCAACGAAAAAUCGUUGACAUGUUGAAAACAUUGCGUGCGGCAUCAGACAGUGAUGCAUCUGGCUGCAAUCCCGACUCCGAGAGUUCGGAAUCGGAGGGUGAGACCUAGGUCAGUUAAUCUGUAUUUUAAACUACAUAUGAAAAUUAUUGUUAUAUGUACUGUAGUUUACAUAAGAAAAAAUAGUUAAAAACGAAUGAACUAAAAGAACACAUGUCAAUGUAUCGAUUAUUAUUACUAUUUGUAUUUUUUUUUUCUUUUUAAUAUUUUGAAUUAUGGUAUUUAUAUAUAAACACAUAUAACACAAAGUAAUACAAAACCUUUGAGAAAUGAAUGAAUUAAAUAUACUGUCAGUCAAUGUAAGAGGAUUAAAUUCUAGUGAAAAAAAAUAUAAGAUUUACACAUGGUUAAAAGAAAAAAAAAUGGAUAAGCUUUUCUUCAAGAAACUCAUUUUAUUCAAAAAUUUGAAAACAAAUAUAAUUUUUAUUGGGAUGGAACAUCUGUGCAUGCAUUUUCAAACUCUCAGUUUAGCAGAGGGGUCACUAUUCUUUUUCGUAAAGAACUAAAUUUUGUAAUUCAAAAUACCCACCGUUCGGAAGAUGGUAGAAAACUUUUAGUAAACGUAAAAAUAGAUGAUAAAAACUUCACGUUUGUAAAUAUAUAUGCACCAAAUGAUGAUUCAAAACGUACAGCUUUUUUCGAAAGGAUGAAAAGAUUUAUUACACUGCAUUCUUUACAAGAAAGCGAUAAAUAUUUAUGUGGUGAUUUUA